AUGAUACACUCAGACAAAGGCACAGACCCGCCCGACAAGGAGGACCUGAAGCGUUCUACGCCAUCCAAUCCCGAGGAUGGUCUCUCCCAAAUCCUGAGGCUUGUGCUGCAAGAGCUGAAUCUGUUUUACAGCCGAGACGUGAGCGGACUGUGUCUCCUGUACGACCUCCUCCACUCCCCGUGGCUGCAGGCUCUGCUAAAGGUUUAUGACUGCCUCCAGGAAUUUAAAGGGAAGAAACUCCUUCCUGCCACCUCCCAGGCACAGGCGCUGUCCCAUGAGGUGGUGGAGAUGUUACAGGCAGCCCCUGGCUCCCCCGAGAUCCAGGAGCUGAGACAAAUCCUCCAGGCUCCGCACUUUAAGGCCUUACUCAGUGCCCAUGACACUGUGGCUCAGAAAGAUUUUGAGCCCCUUCUGCCCCCACUGCCGGACAACAUCCCUGAGGGUGAGGAAGCAAUGAGGAUUGUUUGUUUGGUGAAAAACCAACAGCCCCUGGGAGCUACCAUCAAGCGCCACGAGAUGACGGGGGACAUCCUGGUGGCCAGAGUCAUCCACGGCGGGCUGGCCGAGAGGAGUGGUUUGUUAUACGCCGGAGACAAGCUGGUGGAAGUGAAUGGAGUUGCAGUGGAGGGACUGGACCCCGAGCAAGUGAUCCACAUCCUGGCCAUGUCUCGCGGCACAAUCAUGUUCAAGGUGGUUCCAGUUUCUGACCCGCCUGUGAACAGCCAGAAGAUGGUGUACGUUCGAGCCAUGACUGAGUACUGGCCCCAGGAGGACCCCACCAUCCCGUGUGCGGAAGCCGGGCUGCCUUUCCAGAAGGGGGACAUCCUCCAGGUGGUGGACCAGAGUGAUGCGCUCUGGUGGCAGGCCCGGAAAGUCUCAGCCCUGGGCACCUGUGCUGGCCUCAUCCCUUCCAGCCACCUUCUGAAGAGGAAGCAACGAGAGUUCUGGUGGUCUCAGCCAUACCAGCCCCACACCCACCUCAAAUCACCCAUGUCGAUUUCUAUGGAAGAAGAAGACGACAUGAAGAUUGACGAGAAGUGUGUGGAAGCAGACGAAGAAACAUUUGAAUCAGAGGAACUUUCAGAAGACAAGGAGGAGUUUGUUGGCUACGGUCAGAAGUUCUUUAUCGCCGGUUUCCGCCGCAGCAUGCGUCUCUGUCGCAGGAGGUCUCUCCUCCCCACCCUGUGCUGCCCCAGCAGCUGCCCCAGUGCGGCCGGGGCCCCCUAUGAGGAGGUGGUGAGGCACCAGCGGUGCCCCUCGGACAAGCACCGCCUCAUCGUGCUUGUGGGGCCUUCUGGUGUUGGAGUGAACGAACUGAGAAGACAACUCAUUGAACUUAAUCCUGGCCGUUUUCGGACUGCUGUGCCACAUACUACUCGUUCCAAAAAGAGUUAUGAAGUAGAUGGGCGUGAGUAUCACUAUGUGUCAAAGGAAACAUUUGAAAGCCUCAUGUGUAGUCACAGGAUGCUCGAGUAUGGGGAGUACAAAGGCCACUUCUAUGGCACCAGCGUGGAUGCUGUGCAAGCCGUCCUCGAUGAAGGGAUGAUCUGUGUCAUGGACUUAGAGCCUCAGGGUAUUCAAGUGGCUCGAACCCAUGAACUGAAGCCCUAUGUCAUAUUUAUAAAGCCAUCUAACCUGAGUUGUAUGAAGCAAUCUCGAAAAAAUGCCAAGAUCAUUACAGACUACUUUGUGGACAUGAAAUUCAAGGAUGAAGACCUACAAGAGAUGGAGGAUUUAGCCCAAAAAAUGGAGACUCAGUUUGGCCAGUUUUUUGAUCACGUGAUUGUGAAUGACAUCUUGCAAGAUGCAUGUGCCCAGUUGGUGUCUGCAGUUCAGAAGGCUCAGGAGGAGCCUCAGUGGGUACCAGCAACAUGGGUUUCCUCUGAGACUGGGUCCUAAGGGCUCCUGCUUCGUGUUGGAGUUUUAACAACGUUUGUCUAUUUCAGCUCUGGAGUAACAGCUGCUAUCUGAAGCAGCAGUAUUUGCCCUAUUAUAAUAUGUGUAACGUUUAAAGUCCUGAAGUUUUUUAAUUAAUCUUACUUGAAAAAAAUGAUUGCAUUGUAUGGGUAUGUAGUUACCUGUUUGGCUUUUAGAAAAAAAUGUUUGCUUUUACCUUACAUAUAGCAAUUGGUAGGUAUAUGAACAAAGUCGAGUCACUGAGUAUGAGAACCUUUUAUAGUUUUCAUAUGGUCAUUGUACAAUUCAGAUAAAAUGAGCUUUCCUAAAUAAAAUAAAUAGUAUUUA